GCGCCUGCGCAGUGACUCCGACCGGGCGGUUGCUUGUUGGUUGUUGUAGUAACCGGGGAAGCAGCCCUCUGCGUCGGCGGCGAGCCAGGCAGGGGAAGGAGGAGGGAGGUAGGCGCAGAGCGCGGUCCCCGCCUGCCCGCGCAGAGCCAUGAGAAGAUGAGCCAGGUAUCUGUGCCACCCAAAUUGUUUGGUCCAGUGAAUCUGCAAGGAAAGGUCUCUGAGGCCCCCCGUCUGCUGACUGCAUGACAAACCCCAAAGGAAAUGCCCGUCGUGAUGGCCCGGGACCUGGAGGAAACAGCAUCGUCCUCGGAGGAUGAGGAAGUAGUGACCCAAGAGGAUCAUCCCUGUAUCAUGUGGACUGGAGGCUGCAGGAGAAUUCCGGUUCUAGUGUUCCAUGCUGAGGCUAUUCUGACAAAGGACAAUAAUAUUCGAGUAAUUGGAGAACGUUAUCAUUUGUCUUACAAGAUUGUACGAACGGACAGUCGCCUGGUGCGCAGCAUUCUGACAGCGCAUGGAUUUCACGAAGUUCACCCGAACAGCACUGACUAUAACCUCAUGUGGACUGGAUGCCACCUGAAGCCUUUCUUACUUCGCACCCUCUCUGAAGCACAAAAAGUUAACCACUUUCCCAGGUCUUAUGAACUAACACGGAAGGACCGACUGUACAAAAACAUCAUUCGAAUGCAGCACACACACGGAUUCAAGGCUUUUCACAUCCUCCCUCAGACCUUCCUCCUGCCAGCCGAGUACGCGGAAUUCUGUAAUUCGUAUUCAAAGGACCGGGGACCUUGGAUAGUAAAACCAGUGGCCUCCUCUAGGGGGCGGGGUGUCUACCUGAUCAACAAUCCAAACCAGAUUUCCCUGGAAGAGAACAUCCUGGUCUCCCGUUAUAUUAACAACCCUCUGCUGAUAGAUGAUUUCAAGUUUGACGUGCGGCUCUAUGUGCUAGUGACUUCUUAUGAUCCCCUCGUCAUCUAUCUUUACGAAGAAGGAUUGGCUAGAUUUGCCACUGUGCGAUAUGAUCAAGGAGCCAAGAACAUUCGGAACCAGUUCAUGCACCUGACCAACUACAGUGUGAAUAAGAAGAGUGGAGACUAUGUCAGUUGCGAUGACCCUGAAGUGGAGGAUUAUGGGAACAAAUGGAGCAUGAGCGCCAUGCUUAGGUACCUAAAACAAGAAGGCAGAGAUACGACUGCAUUGAUGGCCCACGUCGAAGACCUGAUCAUUAAGACGAUCAUCUCUGCUGAACUAGCCAUUGCCACAGCCUGCAAAACCUUUGUUCCUUAUCGCAGCAGCUGUUUUGAACUCUAUGGAUUUGAUGUGCUCAUAGACUCUACCCUGAAGCCGUGGUUAUUGGAAGUGAAUCUCUCUCCUUCUUUAGCCUGUGACGCACCCUUGGACCUAAAGAUUAAAGCCAGCAUGAUUUCGGACAUGUUCACUGUUGUUGGAUUUGUAUGCCAAGACCCUUCCCAGCGGGCAUCCAACCGGCCAAUUUAUCCCACCUUUGACACUUCCAGGAGAAACCCUUUUCAGAAACCUCAGCGUUCCCGUCCACUCUCUGCUAGUGAUGCUGAAAUGAAGAACCUUGUGGGCUCUGCCCGUGAGAAGGUGGCUGGGAAGUUAGGUGGCUCUGUGCUUGGUCUGUCAAUGGAGGAGAUCAAAGUUUUACGCCGGGUCAAGGAGGAGAAUGAUCGUAGAGGUGGAUUUAUUCGCAUAUUCCCUACUUCAGAGACAUGGGAAAUAUAUGGGUCCUACCUGGAACACAAGACCUCCAUGAACUAUAUGUUGGCAACACGUCUCUUCCAGGACAGAAUGGCUUCUGAGGGCAUGCCUGAAUUGAAGAUCGAGAGUAUGAAUUCAAAAGCCAAGCUGCAUGCUGCUCUUUAUGAGAGGAAGCUCCUGUCCCUGGAGGUGCGGAAACGCAGACGACGGAGCGGCAGAUUGAGAACCAUGAGGCCAAAAUACCCAGUGAUCACUCAACCAGCUGAAAUGAAUGUUAAAACUGAGACAGAGAGUGAAGAGGAGGAAGAAGGUGCUUUAGACAAUGAGGACGAAGAACAGGAAGCUUCCUUGGAGGAGUCUGCAGGGUCCCUCGGAGAACAUCAAACCAAAUACGCAUCCUCACUGACCACCAUGGGAGAAAAUUCAACCAAAGAAACCUCUGUGAAAGUUCCUGAAUGGAGUCAUAAAGGUGAACAGAGCAACAAAACGGAGACCCAGGAGCCAGAGCCCAAGUUUAACCUGAUGAAGCUUCUACAGGAUAAUGGAAAUCUUAGCAAAGUGCAGGCCCGAAUAGCAUUCUCUGCCUAUCUUCAGCAUGUUCAAAUUCGCCUGAUGAAAGACAGUGGAAGUCAGACGUUCAGUGCCAGUUGGGCUGCCAAAGAGGACGAACAGAUGGAACUGGUGGUUCGUUUCCUUAAGCGAGCAUCAAGCAACCUCCAGCAUUCACUGAGGAUGGUAUUACCAAGCCAACGACUGGCACUUCUGGAACGCAGGAGAAUCCUGGCCCACCAGCUCGGUGACUUUAUUGUUGUGUACGACAAGGAAACAAAACAGAUGGCCGAGAAGAAAUCCAAGAAGAAACUUGAGGAAGAAGAGGAAGACGGGGUAAACACAGAAAACUUUCAGGAGUUCAUCAAACAUGCAAGUGAGGCUGAGCUGGAAGAAGUGUUGACUUUUUAUACCCAAAAAAACAAGUCAGCCAGUGUGUUCCUGGGGACGCACUCCAAAAGUUCCAAGAACAGGAGCAGAUAUUCUGAUAGCGGGGCAAAAGGUGAUCACCCUGAGACAGUGGAAGACGGGAAAACCAAGCAACUCAGACCGCAACAUGCAACAGAAAUUCACUCUGAUAAACUCGCUCGACUUACCACUUCAGAAAAAGAACCUAAAUCGGUCUAUUCCAGUUCUUCCUCUGCCUCUUUCUCUGGCCCGACUGCUACUCUUCUGCAGAAAAUUCCCAGCACCCAUUUGUCAUCUGUUAUUACAAACUCUGACCUCCCGCCAGGGCCUGGCCACCAUGCGUCUUUGUCUCCGAUUUCACCGGCCAUCCCCAGCAUGCCUCACCAGUCAACGAUUUUACUGAACACCAACCCUGACAGCACUUCUCCCUCCCUCCAUCCUGGGGCACAGAACGUGCCAAGCCCUGCUGGCCUCCCGCGCUGUCGAUCAGGCAGCUACACCAUCGGCCCCUUUUCUUCUUUCCAAAGUGCUGCACAAAUCUAUAGCCAGAAACUGUCUCGUCCCUCUUCAGCAAAGGCAGGUUCAUGCCAUCUAGGCAAGCAUCAUUCAGCAUUAGCCAAAGCACAAAGGGAGGGAGAAGAUACUUCUGCCUUCAGCAAACGGUACAGCCAAACUAUGGUUACAGCUGAACUGCAGCGGCUAGCAGAGAAGCAGGCGGCAAGGCAGUACUCCCCGUCCAGCCACAUCAGCCUCCUCUCCCAGCAGGUAACCAACCUGAAUUUGGCCAGUGGUGUCCUAAGCAGAAGCAGUGCUUCAGCUCCCCCCAACCUUCGGCCCGUAAUCAGUCCGAGUGGCCCAACGUGGUCAACACAGCCAGAUCCCCAGCUCCCCGAGAGCCAGCCCAGCCCUCCUGGAAGCAGGAGCCUGCAGACAGGGAGCUUUGCCUGGGAGGGAGAGUUGGAGAACAACGCAUAUAGCAAGGCAACCGGGGUGGUCCCUCAGCACAAGUAUCACCCCACUUCAGGCAGCUACCAACUCCAUUUUGCACUGCAGCAACUGGAACAACAGAAACUUCAAUCCCGGCAGCUUCUGGACCAGAGUCGAGCCCGACACCAGGCAAUCUUUGGCAGCCAACCACUGCCUAACUCCAAUUUAUGGACAGUGACUAAUGGUGCAGGCUGCAGAAUUUCAAGUGCCACCGCCAGUGGCCAGAAGCCACUCACUCUGUCUCAAAAAGUGGUGCCACCUCCAAGUUCAUCCUCCUCCCUGCUGCCCAAACCUCCAGCCAAUCUCAAACAAGUGCUAAGAAAGGCAGCAUCCCAGAGGUCUUCCAAAGGCUCCUCCGCAGAAGGGCAGCUGAAUGGACUCCAGAGCAGCCUUAACUUGGCAGCCUUUGUGCCCAUCACCAGCUCCACAGGUUAG